UAAACUUUCCCAACCUCAGGAAUCAGGAGCGACGCUUCUUUUUCCCGUUUUCAUUAAUAAAAAAAUAAAAAAAUAAAAAUUAUUUAUCUUCAAAUAGAAGGAAUUAUAAAUUGAGAAGAUAGCUUCGAAUCUUGGAAUUUUGAGGAGAUAAUACUUCUCGAAGUUUUAGUAAUUAUCUUUUUAUCCGGAAUCCUGUAAAUUAAAUUAAAAUUAUAAAUACCUGGAAAAAUGGGGAAAUUGUUGCUUCGAGUUAGUAAUACUAUGGAGUUUUACUGGUUGGAGAAGAGGAUCGUUUUGCCUGUCAAGAAACUUUGCCGUCGUUUAGCUGCUCGUCUCGGUUUUCAAAAGCGCGGUAUACUGAUACUAAGCCAAGAAGUAAAAGCUUGUGAAUACGAAGAUGUUCGAAUUAUGUGGGAGAUGUUGAAGAAAUCAGAGACAACAACAACAAGUACUAAUGAAGUAACUCGCUCUAAUUCCUCCCCUAAAUGGCUCAAGAACAAGCCUUUAAGAAACGCCGUUGCUUGGGCUAGAUCCAGUACAUGUCUAAGCAACAAGUUUUGGUAGACUAUGGUAAAAACAGUUAUAGUGUAUUUGGCCAUCAAUAUUAUUCCACAUUUCCAUGUAAAUGAAAAAUUGUUUGGAUGUGUAUGAUGAUAAUUUGGCACCUAGA